AUGUCUUUUCUCACGCGUCUCGCGCGCCGCGCGAGGGCGGAGACGGCGUCGACGGCGUCCGAGGCGCCGCGCGGGACGUCGUCCACGCUUCCGCGAACGUACGACGCCGCGAUCGAGGACGGAGACGCGCGCGCGCGCGCGAGGACGUGCGACGAGCGAGCUCGAGGCCUGGGACGGGAGACAGCGGAUGUUUUCGUCGAGGCGUGCGCGCGAGCGGGACGACACGCGCUCGAGGGGGCGACGCGGGGCGCGGAGAACGUCGCUGAGUUGACCGCCAUGCUCGCGAGCGCGCAAGAGGGGUUGGCGAGAGAGGUGGAGGAGGCGAGAGGGGCGUUGGAACGAGAACUGAGCGGCGCGCGCGCGAGCGCGAGCGGAGGCGCGGAUAAGGCGAAGCGCGCGGUUCGAGCGUGUUUGGAGCGAUGCGAUGCGCUCCGGAUGAAUGCGAUUCCGCGAAUCAAAGAGCUCGCCGCGCGUGCGUCGGCUGAGGAAGCGCAGGUGUCGAGAAAGUUUUUAACCGAAUGGACGGCGCUCGACGAGGCGUGUCGAGAAACGUUUACAAGGAUGGUCGAUUUCGAUCGGUACGUCGCCCAGGAGGCGACUCGCGUGGACGUGGUGCCCUUAGCGUUAUGUGCUCUCGUAGAGGAGGUGCUCGGGAGCAGUGGAGGGAUGAUAUCCCAGGAAGAACGUGCGAAAAUAUUGGAGACGUUUGAGACGGAGUGCGUCAUGGCCAUGGCUCGACGCAUUUCAGUUCUGCCCAAGAGCGCGUCACCGCACGAGAAAGUCGGUGCGAAUCCCAUGCGAAACGCGAACAUGUCGCCAACAUCCGCGUCGCCGCCACCAGUCGCCGCGGUACCGUCUCCUCAGAAGGCUCCAGGACGCGUCGCCAGCGACUCGAUCCGAAGGGCUGAGCGCGAGCGCACCGCCAAAGAGCUCGCGUCGCAACUCAAAGGAUUCUUCGCGAGUAGGAUCGUCGACGACCACGAUCUCGAUCGCGAGCUCGACGAAGUAGUGGACGAUUUCUUACGCGACGACGCUCGGUAA